UUAGUAUAUAUAUUUAUCCUUGAUGUUGUAUCCUUUGAAGACUAUCUAACAAUGUCAGGAAGCAGAAGAUUGGAUGGCAAAGUCGUGAUUAUAACAGGCGGAGCCAGCGGGAUUGGGGCAGAAUCUGCUAGGCUAUUCACUGACCACGGAGCUAAAGUGGUUAUUGUUGACAUACAAGAGGAGUUAGGCCAGAACGUUGCCGUUUCAAUAGGUAAAGACAAAGCAAGUUAUUACAAAUGCGAUAUCACAAACGAAACAGAGGUAGAGAAUGCUGUUAAGUUCACCGUCGAAAUGCAUGGAAAACUCGACGUUCUGUUCAGCAACGCCGGCGUCUUAGAUACGCCGGGAAGCAUCCUCGACUUGAAUCUCGAACAUUUUGACCGUGUAAUGGGGGUUAACGUUCGCGGUGCAGCUGCGUUUAUCAAACAUGCAGCACGUGCCAUGGUGGGUAGUGGCACACGUGGUUCCAUUGUUUGUACGACUAGCGUUACGGCGGAGAUUGGUGGUCAGGGACCUCAUGGAUACACAGCGUCGAAGCAUGCGCUCCUGGGGCUGAUUAAGUCAGCUUGUGGUGAGUUGGGGAAACAUGGCAUUAGAGUAAACGGCGUGGCGCCGUUUGCGGUGGCGACGGCUAUGACUAGCCGUGAUGAGGAGACGGCGAAGCAGGUGGAGGGAUAUUGUGAAGCCGUAGGAAUUCUGAAAGGUGUUGCGUUGAAACCCAAUCACGUGGCGAAGGCUGCUUUGUUUCUAGCUUCUGAUGAUUCUACUUAUAUUAGUGGGCAUAAUCUAGUUUUGGACGGUGGAUUUAGCGUCGUUAAGCCUCUUUAAAUUAAAAAAAAAUUUGUGGUUUUUAA